AUGCAUCGAAAUCAUCUACAUAAAUCAAGGAAUGGUAUUGGGGUUUCUAUGGACGACGAAUUGAGAGUUGAUGUACCAGCAGUCGAUAUUGUAGAGUUUGCGGGGGAAGAUUUCAAACCCGAAGCAUAUAUUCAAAUGAUCUUGUCGAGUACCUCUGAAGAUGGUGUUCGGGCAUUCUAUGAUAAUCUACGUGAAUCAAAGGAAUUAGCGGCUAGUGAUUUACAAAGAAAUGUCUACAAAAAUUACAACGAAUUCGUCACGAUAUCUAAAGAAAUAUCAAAUAUCCUUUCCGAGAUUUUUUAUGCUUCUGAUCGCACCUUCAUUCUCUAUUUAGAAAGUGACAUGUUUGUUUUACGUGGAUUGCUCAAUGAAUUACGGAAUGUGAGCAAUAAUUUACGAGAGGAUAGUAGCGCUGAAUCGGCCACUACUGAUACUGUAGCAACUGUCACCUCGGAUCCCAUUAUUCCGAGAGGAAGAAAACCAGUGUCUAAUAAUGCUGCUGAUCUGCAGUCAAUCUGGAAGGCACAAAUUGAAGCUCUUUGGGAAGGUGUUGAGGGAGCCCAGAGACUUGUCCCACUCGAACCUGGUCGUCAUAUCAUCCGUGAAAGUUCAAGCUUCGUUGAAAUUAAUCCGGCAACUAAUAAACCGAAGCAAGGCGUACAAAUGUUUCUAUUGAAUGAUUGUUUACUGGUUGCUGUGAAGAAAAAACGUGGCGCCAUGUCUUUGAAGGUUAAACUUAUAGCUGAACGAUGCUGGGGAUUAAACGAGAUCACCUUGAUCGACAUGAAGGAUACUAGCGAACAUCAAAACUUGAUCAAGAUCCUUAAGCAUCCAGUCGAUACAUUCAUCUAUAAAGCUGAUAAACCUGAGGAAAAGAAAAAUCUUAUUAGCAUGACUCGUCGUGCAGCAGAAGUGAUGAUGGUGCUAAAAACGAACGGUCUAGAUCAAGAAAGGAAUACCGAUUCGAUAAUAAACGUUCAAAAUCAACAACUUUCACCGCUAUUGAGAAGUAUACCAAGGAGAAGUCGUAGUCCAGCAUCUCCCUUGUUAGGUGCCCCAAGAAACUCAGUCGCUUCCAGUAAAGAGGUUUCAUUGGGCGAUUCUCGAGAGAUUGCUGACUUGGCUGAUCAACUGGAUGUCAACAUUGCACAUAGGGAAUAUGAUGAAGCAGUGGAAAAUAUUGAACGAGCAAAGGUUAUGCUCAAUAAUCUCUCGCUUGAUCCCGGGAAGCUCGACGCCAUACGUCGAAAGAUGGACGAACGAGUAGUAAGAUUAUCGAAUGCGAUUGGUCGUGAUCUAACAAAUCCUGACCUAAAAAAAUCUCAAGUGCAAAAAAAUGUUCGAUGGCUUUUACGUUUGGGUUAUGGUGAACAGGCACGACAAAUGUUUUUAGGUGCACGAAGUAAAAUAAUCCGAAUUCAAACAAAACAAUUAAAAUUCGAAGGGGAUAUACCACGAUAUAUCAAUGAUUUAUCGCUUGUAUAUUUCACACUGGUAAAGAACACUUGUGAUUGGUAUAACGCUGCAUUUAGAGAUUUGCGAAUGUCAUCAGGACUUGUAAAGUGGGCGAAAGAAGAAAUGGAACAUUAUGCCGGCAUGUUUAGGCGACAAGUUUAUAGCAUGCACGAUCCAGACGCUCAGAUUUCUCAAGAAUGUUUGAAAAUUAAUAAGGAUCAUUGCAGUAUAUUACGAGAAGUUGGUUUAGAUCUGAAAUUUUAUCUAGACAAACUGUUGGAUCCUAAUGCUGAGCCUCCCGCUUUUAAUCAUGACGAAAGUGGUUACGCUAUGACAGUGGUGAUUGAAGAACCAGAAGCAGAGGGAUCCCCCGAUUUUAUCAUUGAUAAUUAUGGAUCAGCAUUUUAG